UAACAGACAAGGCUCUAAUUUACCAAUGAGGUAUGAGGUAUCCUAUAUUGGUUGCUUUUUCACUCAUAAAGCAACAUUCCAAAGAAAAAGAAAGAAUAAGUCCCACUAGCACCAACCUAUAAGUAAUAAGAAUAUCACCUCCACUAACUCUGUUUCUCCUCUGUUACCACUCUGCCCCAAAACAGAGCAAAAACAGAGGAUCCAUUCCACCACUCCUAAUGGAUCCACCACCCCCAUCUGUCGCCAUCAUCGCCCCUACCACCACUCAAAAGACUUAUUCUGACUCAGUAGAGUCUCUAUCACCGCGUUCCCGCAACGUGGAAGUGGUUGCGGGAGCGUGGAAUGAUGAGACUCUACCGGUGGUUCCUGGCGCGAAGCUGCGGCUGAUGUGCAGCUAUGGUGGCCACAUCAUACCACGCCCUCAUGACAAGUCCCUCUGCUAUGUCGGCGGCGACACGAGGAUUGUGGUGGUGGACCGCCACUCGUCGUUAAAAGACCUGUGUGCAAAGCUUUCUCGCACCAUCCUCAAUGGAAGACCCUUCACACUCAAGUACCAGCUUCCGAGUGAAGACCUUGAUAGCCUCAUCACUGUGACCACUGAUGAAGAUCUUGACAACAUGGUGGAAGAGUACGAUCGAAUUGCCGCAAAAGGUUCGGCUUCUUCGCGGCUCAGGGUGUUCCUGUUCUUCACCAAACCUGAGGCCACGGUUUCAAUGGGGUCACUUCUUGAUGAUGUCAAGUCAGAGACAUGGUUUGUUGAUGCACUCAAUAACUCUGGAAUGUUAAGCAGGGGGGUGUCAGAUUCUGCUGCAGGGGAUUCUUUUGUAAACCUUGAUGGAGAUGGUGUUGGUGUUAGUGCUAGUGGUUCAAGCAACAACUUGGAGGCUUUGCCUGAUGCUAACAACAAGGCUAAGAAUUUGCCUGAAGUGGUGCAAGUGCAAUCAACUCCUGGUUCACCUAUGAUGGAGAACAGUGCUUCUUCUCCUUCUUUCUCUCCUUCUAUGGCUAAUCUGCCUCCGAUUCGGGUUCGGGUUGAUGACAAUGGUAGUAGGCUUCAGCAAGAGAACAAGGUUGGGGUGAUGGUGGAGGAGCAGUUUGCUCAGAUGACAAUUGCAAGUGGAGUAAAGCCAGAUGAUGGGUUGGUGAAUGUUGUUUCUUCUGCAAUGGCUGUGCCUCCAAUUCCUGCAUCAGUGACUAUGACAUCAGUUGGGGUAGCUACCACCAGUGAUACUGUGAUGAAUCGAGUUGUAUCUGAUGAUGAGAGACCAGAUCACGUGUUUAGGAAGCCCCCUUUACCAUUGCAACUUGUGCAGCCAAAGACUAGUGGUGGUUUGAGUUUGCCUUCUCCUGAUUCAGUAACAAGUGAUAGUAGUAUUGCAUCUGCAAAUUCAUUCUCCAAGACUGUGUACUAUCAAGACCAAGUCCAAGCCACACUACUAGACAACAACAAAGCUGUUUUUUUACCAAAUGCCAAGAGUGAAAUAUCUGAUCAGGUGGUUCAGGUCUCUGGACAAGUUCAUGAUUCUGGCUACAUGUUACCCCCACAGGUGGAUCAAACCAAGCAACUCCAUCAGCAGAAGCCAUUGGCCCAUGCCAGCACUCAUUACAUCCACCACACUGCAGCCACAGUUCCAGUGCCAGUUUCAUCAUACUACCCAGUCUAUGCCCCACCACCACAACAACAACUUCACCCUCCAAUUGGUCAACAACAGUACCCAGUUUAUGUGAUGCCUGUUGGGCCUACACAGCCAUACAACAUGGCCUUGCAGCCCAAUAUAGGUGACCCAAAUGUGGUAAGGCCACUAAUGCCACAAAGUGCUGUUAGUGUUACCUCAGCAGCAUACAAGGAUGGUACUCCACCUAUCUACCCCACCAAGUCAGUUACCCCCCCAACUAUACCUGAGGUGACUCCAAGUGUUUACAAGGCUCCUCCUGUGGCAUCAAAUCCUGCAUAUGCUCCAAUACCCGCCAACCAAUUUCAGCCACAGUAUGUGGGUUUGCCUCAGUUCCAUCAUCCACCACAGUCCAUUGCUGUGGCUCCCUCUAGUACUACUAAUUAUGGUUAUGAAUAUGGUGGCCAUGUGCAAGAACAAGCAUACUACACACAACAUCAACUAACUACGACUGCUCCAUUGCUUCCUCAGUACCAAUCCAUGACCCCAGCUGCAGCUGCUGCAGCACUAUCAGAUGCUUCAAGUCAAUAUCCUGCAGACAACAUUCAGCAGCCAAAUAGAGCAUCACAGCCAGUAUAAGUUAAAAUGCAGAAUAAAAUGAAUUAGUUUGGAGGCAGAAAUUAUUAGGUAGUCCAAGAUCACCAAGGGUUUACGGUUUCAAUCAAUCACUAUAUGACAUGCAUUUAAGUUUUUCAAUUUAUGAGAAAAAUUAAUAAUACUUAAUUAUAUGUUACGUAGAGAUUGAUUAGAGACUAUGUGAUCUAGAACUACCUAAUAAUUUCUCAUUUGGAUGAGGCACAUUGGAGAGGAAUGGGGUGAGUGGUGAUUGGACUUUACUUUCAUUUUUUAACAAUGAACAUAUGGAGCCUACUUUCUAAAAACAAAAUAAGGACUAAAUCAUAGGUAUUUUUUUUCUUCUUUUUAUCUGUACUGAAAAGAAUGACAUGUAAGAUCAUAUUUUGCAAACUUAGCUUUUAUGGUCAUCAAAGUUACUCAGUUGAAUAAAGCAAGUUGUUACCGUUAGCUA